AUGUAUAAUUAUAUUUGUAAAGCUUGCGUAAAUUGUGUACGAUGGAGUUGGAGUGGAACAAUGUUAGCAUCAGCGGGAGAUGAUAAACUGAUCAAGAUAUGGAAGAAAGGAGCAGGAACAGGCGGAACUGUUUUUGGUAGCAAGGUUGUUAAUAAGGAAAAUUGGAAAUGUUCAGCUACUUUACAAAUUCAUCAAGGUGAUAUUUUGGAUUUGUCAUGGUCACCAGGAGAUCGGUGGCUAAUGAGUUGCAGUGUUGAUAAUACAAUAAUUAUUUGGGAUACUACAACUUUUACUGUAAAAGAACAACUUAGUGGGCAUACGGGAAUGGUGAAAGGUGUGGUUUGGGACCCUGUUGGUAAAUAUUUAGCUUCACAAUCUGAUGAUAAGAGUGUUAGAGUUUGGCGUACGUCAGAUUGGAUGCAAGAAGCUGUUAUUACGGAACCUUUUGCUAAAUGUGGAGGUACUACUCAUGUUUUGCGUCUUUCCUGGUCACCAGAUGGUCAGUACUUGGUUUCAGCUCAUGCCAUGAAUGGCAGAGGUCCAACAGCCCAAAUAAUUGAACGAGAUGGAUGGAGCAGUGACAAAGAUUUUGUUGGCCACAGAAAAGCUGUAAAUGUGUGUAAAUUCAACAAUAAUAUAAUGGAACGAGGCGCUAGGCCUGGAGCCCGGCCUGUCAAAUAUUGCUGUCUUGCUAUGGGAUCACGAGAUUGUGCAUUAUCUGUUUGGUGCACUUCAGAUCACAGACCUUAUUCAAUACAUGAUUUAUUCACAAAGAGUGUAAUGGAUCUUUCAUGGAGUGCUGAUGGAUUGUCUUUAUUAGCUUGUAGUUGGGAUGGCAGUGUAGCAUGCUUGCAUUUUAAAAGUGAAGAAAUGGGUCGACUGUUGACGAGUGCAGAAAAGAAUGCAUUAUAUGAAAGACUUUAUGGACAGUCAGCUGAAAACAUAAAUGAUUCUGGAAAUCGCACAAUUCUGGAAAGUUGUGAUUUAUUGGAUGAAACCAUCAAACCAGUGCCAAAUCAAGUAAAUGGUGUUGAAGAAACAAGAAUAGUAUCUAGUGAAGUAUCGAUUAAAGACCAAAGUUUAAAUGUUAGUGUUGAACAAGAAACCAUAAUCAAUAAAUCACAACCUCCCCCUACUGCACCAAAACCAAUAAACAAACAGAUUGAAACGAGAACAUCUGAUGGCAAACGUAGAAUUACUCCCAUGUUUAUCCCAGCAAAUGUAGAAUCAAAUAGUUUACAAAAUGGAACUAGUUUUCCAAGCAGUGCAGUCAUGUCAAACAGUAAAGCAGCUAGUAUCACAAAUUCUAUGGUUAAACCCUCUGUUACCAUGUGUAAUCAAGUCACUCUUCCUAAGUCAAAUGUUGCAUCUAAUAGGAUUAUGAUAAUAAUAAAACUGUAG